AUGUCCUGUGCUAGGGAUAAAAAUGUGACGGCUCUAACUGUACUGUCCGUCAACGUGUUAAAUAAGAUGUUCGAAGAUAAGAAUUCAGGAUAUCUAUCCUAUGAAACGUACGUCGUGACUGUGAACCAGUGUUGCCAGCCUACCAGAAAUUUAUGUACUGAUCUGAAGGAAAAAAAAAGUACUGAUAUUAGUAAAAAAGUAUUGAUUGCACCUAAUUACAUUCACACCAAGCUUCGAUCAUCAACCCAAUUGGGUGGUGAUCGAAGCCGCUGGAGGAUUCAAAAGAAUGGCUUACCACAGGGGAGUGUUUUGGCCCCAAUUCCUUUGAAUAUCCAGCCGUUAAGUCAACACAUCAGAAGCUUCAUUUACGCAGAUGAUUUAGUAAUAGUUAGCCAAGAUAAGGAUUUCUGUAAAAUUGAAGAUAAUUUAACAAGCAAUAAAUAUCAAUUGUCAUUUAAACAUCAUGUCGAGAAGACUAGGGCCAACAUUUCUACAAGGAACAACCUGUUGGCAAAGCUGGCAAGCUCCACCUGGGAGGCUAAUCCGCACACACUAAGAACUACUGCUCUUGCACUCUCCUAUUCUGUUGCUGAAUAUGCCGCACCAGUUUGGGAACGCUCCUGCCAUGCCAAAAAGAUAGACCCGAUUCUGAACCAAUCGUGCCGUCUAAUCACCGGAUGCCUAAAACCCACAUCGGUCCAACAGCUACACCUCCUCAGCGGGAUAGCUCCACCCCACAUAAGGAGACAAGUUUCCAGCAUGAAAGAGAAACAGCAAGCUCUUUUCGAUACCCGGCACCCGCUCUUCGAACAAUACGCCGCUGGACCCAGGUUGAAAUCUCGAAAAAGUUUUCUUUCUGCCGUCCAGCCACUUGAUAGCAGUACGGCAUCCGCAAAGAGACUAGAGUUGUGGUCAGCAACUUCACCAACUCCAAACGAUUUUGCUCUAACGCCAAAAGAGAGCCUAACACCUGGUGCGGAACAGGCAUGGCCAGUGUGGAGGAGUUUGAACCGGAAAUACCAACGCUCUGGAGUGUACCAAGAGAUAUCCUGUAUAUAACCGCUGUGUGCAUAUAUAUU